UAGGUUUUAAUCGUCCGACUCGGAAAAGCAAUUAAAACUCCGAAAAAAAGAAGCCAAACAAACAGAAAGCAAAAACGGACCCCCCAAAUCAAAGAUUUUUACAACCCAAAGCUUAGCAUUAGUCCAAUCACACCCUAAAAUGCUUUUCCCCCACUUCUUAAAAGCCUCAACUCAUCAUUUUCUAUAUACUUCAAAAACAGAGCAUUCUUCCUUUUCUCCCCCCACUAACUUCUGCAUUCCCCUUUUUUGUCCCCUCUUCAUUCUCUCUCUUCUUUCUUCUUCUUGUGAGCUCCUCAUUAGCUAUGGCUGGUCAAGAAGUAUCAGAAGAUCCGCCACAACAACCUCCGGAUAAUUCCAAGGUCAAUUAAGAUUCGUCUUGUUUAUUCAGGGUUUUUUUUUUUUUCGUGUUUGUAAUCUUCUAACAGUUUCUCCCCUGUUUUCGUUUCUCAUGCAGAAAUGGAUCUUGAAAGUUUCUAUUCAUUGUGAAGGGUGCAAGAGAAAAGUGAAAAAGCUUUUACAUCAAGUUGAAGGCGUCUAUGAUUCAGAAAUUGAUACCAAACAGCAAAAAGUAACUGUGAUUGGAAACGUCGACGCGAAUACGUUACUGCGCAAACUCAAUAAGGCCGGCAAGCAUGCAGAGCUCUGGCCGGAAAAUCCUAACCAGAAGGAGAAGAAAUCGGCCGCAUCCGCGAAAAAGGAGAAAGUUGUUCCGCCCCAGGAAGGAACAUCCCAAAAUAGCAAUGCUAAUAACGUUAAAGAAGUCAAAACCCCUCCAGUCAAAGCCGAAAUAUCAGCCCAAGAGGUUCCCAAAGAGAGCCAAGGAGGCGGCGGAGUUAAGAACGGCAAUGGCGGCGAAGUUGGCGCCCCGGCCAAAGUCGGUGGCGCAGUUAAUAAAGUUGAAGAAAGUGGCGGCGGUGGGAACUCAAAUUCGAAAUCAAUUAGCGGCGACAAUGAGCCGGCAAAGGAAUUGAAUAAAUCAGAAGGGAAGAAACCAGAAAUCGAGAGCGUUCCCGGUGAUGGCGCUCAGCCGCCGCCGCCGAAGGUUGCGGCGGAAGAAAAAGAUGGCGGCGGAGGCGGGGAGAAAAGCACUGCGGUUGGUAAAGUGGGUGGUGGUAAUGAUGGCAGUAGUGUGAAAAAGAAGAAAAAGAAGGGCCAGAGUGUUAAUAACCAAAAAGCAAGUGAGCCGCAGCAGCAAUCAGGUGCGGCAGCGCAAAACGAAGGAUCACGAAACCAUCAAGAUGGGACGCAGGAUUUCCCCUUCCCGGAUCAUCACAGCCGUCCACGUCAUCCGAUGUACGAUCACUACCCAACUCAUCAAUUCUAUGGUCCACCUGGACCAGCAGCUCCUCCACCUAUAUACGCAACAGUGAGCUACAAUACGGCGCAACCUACUAGCAGCUACACGGCGUCGUACUAUGCUCCUCCACCGCCUAACUCGUAUGUCUACUCCUAUCCCGGUGGGCCACAGUAUCAACCUCCUCCUCCACCGUCCGAUUUCGACCCCUACUCGACGAGACAGCCGUUGGAUUCGUUUGAGAUGUUUAGUGAUGAAAAUCCGAAUGGAUGCUUAAUUAUGUAAUUGGAAUUUUCAGUUCCUACUAUGUGGUUAAAAUGAAAGUAUAUGAAUCAUCGAUAUGAAGGAGCUGAUUGUGGUGUAAUGCCACUUUGCUUGUACUACUUGUAUAAGCUAGUGAGAAGAGACCUUUUUGUAAUGUGUAUAUACAGUUUAAAAUUAGGCAUAAUUACUAGGAAAUCCGAAACCUUCUUGUUAGUUUUUUUCCCUUUCUUUUUUUAAGAACUUGUUUUUACUUUUGAUCAUGUUUCUUUUGAAACCAGUACAGCUGGUGUCAUUUCUGUUUAUUAAAACGGCACUUAUGAAUAUGCG